AUGGUGGUUCCUAUGAUUGCUGCGUCGGAGGAAGAGCUAGGGAAGAUUCAGGUCGGCAGUGAGAAUUCUCCAGCGCCUUCUCCACACCGGGGAAACGCAUCACGGGUCGGGGGCGUGCGUGGGAUACUCAACUUGCUUGCGAAACGGGGCGAUGUCGAACUCCAAGGUGCCACGCCGGUGCCGUACGAUGAGCGGACGGAGACAAACUACUUCAACAUCUUCACGCUGUGGUUCUGCAUGAGCUGCAACCCCCUUCCGGUGACUUUUGGCAUGGUCGGCACGGCCUCGUUCGGCCUGAACUUGCGCGAUGCGGCACUUGUGAUACUGUUUUUCACGCUGGUGUCGACAGUGCCGGUGGCGUACAUGUGCACGUGGGGUCCGCAGACGGGAAUGCGUCAACUCGUGCAAGCCCGCUUUGCGUUUGGCAAGUACCUUGUCUCGGUGCUCGUACUGCUGAACCUCGCAACGCUCACCGGAUUCUGCGUCGUCGAUGCUACAAUCGGCGGCCAGGCACUGUCCGCGGUGAUGGACGGUGAGACCAUCAAUGCCACCGUGGGCAUCGUCAUCAUCUCCCUGCUCGCCAUGCUCGUUGCCUUCUGCGGGUUCCGCAUUCUGCAUCACUACGAGCGCUGGGCGUGGAUUCCCGCUGUCCUCGCGCUGGUCAUUGCUACAGGCUGCGGUCAAGCGGGGCUGAGGCAGCAAGUCGCUGCUCCUGGUGCGACUGCUCAGCAGGUGCUGUCGUUCGGCGGCCUGGUGGCCAGUUUCAUGCUCCCGUGGGCGGCGCUCGCAAGCGACUUCAGCACUUACAUGCACCCCAAGGCACCGCCAUUCCGGAUCGCGGCGUACACAUACGCGGGUCUCGCACUACCCACGAUUCUCCUCAUGAGUCUUGGAGCAGCCAUGGGCGGUGCCAAAGCUAACGUCCCGGCAUGGCAAGAGGGCUACAACGUCAACGCAGCGUCUGGCGUGCUGGCAGCCAUGCUGCAACCAGCGGGCGGCUUUGGACGCUUCGUCACGGUCGUCCUGGCAUUCAGCAUGCUGGGCAACCUGAGCGCGACCAUGUACGCCAUCACGCUAAACUUCCAGAUGGCGCUGCCGUUCUUCUUCCGCAUCCCACGCGUCCUCUACGCUAUACUCAUCACGGGCAUCGUCAUAGGCGUUGCCAUCCCCGCGGCAAAGUCGUUCUUCCUGAACCUCGAGAACUUCCUAGGGCUGAUUGGGUACUGGGCUGCUGUUUUCAUCGGCAUCAUGCUCACGGAGCACUUGUUCUUCCGCAGAGCCAGCUUUGCAGCCUACACCAAAGACGAAGGCGCUUGGGAUGACGUCACGAAGCUGCCUCCCGGAUACGCUGCCAUUGGGGCUGCUGUUCUGUGCUUUGGGCUUGUGAUUCCGGGCAUGAGCCAGACGUGGUUUGUGGGUCCUAUUGCGGAGAAAACCGGAGACAUUGGAUUCGAAGUCGCGCUGGUGCUGUCGGCGGCGUUGUAUGUGCCCUUUAGGAUGGUGGAGCGCAGGGCGUACGGUAGGUAG